AUCGUUGUUGAUGAAUUAAAGUUUCACCCCAGAACCCAACCGCAUUUUCCAAAUGAAAUUUUCAUUCAAAGCUGAUUAUAUUGUCAAAUGAUAUUUAAGUGAAGCAAUGCCUGACUGAUAAAAUUGUUCAACAAACAUCUUUGUAAAGUGAGUUUCGCAUUUACAAAUUGAAAAAAAUCUCAGAAACAUUAGGAAGAACCAAUCUUUCUGCACAUCUUUUUACAUCAAUCACUGAAAUAUCUUCCUCCAAAAGCUUUGAUGAGUUUUCUUGCUGCUAAAAAUAUUAUUAUUUUUUGCGAUUUGUUCAUGUCAUAGUUUAUUAGAAGAGAUCUUGUCAUAUUGGCCAGGAAAUGGACUCAAAUUGAUAUCAUGUUGAAUGCUUACAUCAUUAUAAAGUUAUCUCUGCUUAUAGUUACUCCACUUAAAGUGAGCUCCCUGGUUACAGUCACAUAAAAUUUAGUCCAAAAUACGCAAAACUGUUAAAUUUAGCUCUGUUUACUGUCACACUCUGUUUGUAGUCAUAAAUUUUCAAGCAAUAUUUUGGGUGACUAUAUUUGGAAUCUACUGUGAAUUUCUACAACAUAUAUUCAUUUUUCUCUUUGUUCCAAUUUUUCUACCAUUUUAUUAGAUAUAUUAUAUAUGUAAAUUUAAAUGUGAAUGCUCCAUACACAUAAAAAAUGCCUGGCUGCAGGAAUUGUAGCAUCUGAUUUCCUCUGUAGAGGCUGGUGAAAUUGACAUUUUGCCUCUAAAAGUAAUAUUUCCACACCAAUGAUAGAAAUAUGACAUUAAAUCAGGCCUGUUUGUUUGAUGCCAUUGAUCUUUCAUUAUCAUGCCAGCAUGCAAACCUAACCAAGCAAGCUUUUGAUAGUUUGUGCAAAAUGGUAUGUUGAUAGAAAUGAAUGUAUCAUUAAACACAUUUCCACUCAUCUUUUGUGACCCAAGCAAGUGUAGACAAUACAAAGCAGGUAUGUAAAAACAUGAGUAAGCUGAAUUGACCACAUUUCAACAGAAAGGUGAAAUAAAAUUCCUAAUUCACUGCAAAUUUUUAUGAAUACUACUGUAGGCACUUGGUAUUUGAAAUUCAUUAGCAGGUCUGGCCUUUGUAAAUUAUAUACUCCUCUAAACAGAACAUUAAGGAAAAAUUGCCCCCUAAAAUUUCCUUUCAUUUGCCCUUUUCGUAUUCACAGAACCCUGAAAACAUGCAAGGGUUAAUUGGUUUACUUCUGUAACUGCAAUUUCUCUUGUCGUUGCAUUUUCUGCAAUCAAAUUUUUGCCUGUCAGGCAGUUUUUGUUAUGAUAGUCAGGAACUUGUAGGGAAAGGUACCUAUGCAGAGCUUAGAAAUUUUUAAUCUUGUGAAAACAUGCAGAUUCUUGAUAGGAAAGUCAAAGAAAUUGGUAAGAAUUGUCAAUUGGGGGAUAGAAUAAAACAGCAGGUCCUUUCCAGCAUUAGAAACAAAACUUUCCCUCAAAACGAACAGUCUACUCUGUCUUGCAGCUCAAAAAACAACUAAAACAUGCAAUUUCAUUAUCAAGUGUGAAAAACUAUAAUGGCAACAUGUUUCAGAUUAUUGGUAAAACCCAAUUUUUGUUCCAUCAAGCAGUUUUGGAAUCCAUCUAUAUAAACAUGAAAAAGCUGGUACUGUCCAGACAGAAGGAGUUCGUUUUCACCUUAUGAUCUGUUGGUAAUAUUUUCCAUAGGCAAGUGGCCCUGCUUGGGUAACCUCAACAGUCAUUUGCUCACAAUUCUGAUUGGCCUAUUUUGAUCAACAACUAGGUAUAAACAUUUCCUAGCAUAGAGUUUUCCAUCUUUGUUCUGAGGUUUAGAAGUCAUUUUGCUUGCUUUCCCCCUUUUGUCAAUGUGCUCUUGUCUGUAUCAUCCAAAAGUAUGUAAUUUUUGAGGAAUUAGGUUCUAGAAUCAAAAUCCCUCUCAAAGUAAUUUUCUUCAAGAAGCUUUUUCUUGCUUUGUUUCAUAUGCCUUUAAAGGGAGUUUCAGUUGGAAUAAUUGCAUUGCUCUCAAGCAUAUUUUGACAAGGAAAGCAUUUCAGUUAAUCACAUCUUUUUCCCCAAGUACAAUUCAUCAUGUUUGAUAGAAAUGAUUGUUGAAUGCUUUGUGUUUGCUUACCAUUUUCAUUAUGACUUUUAGUUAUUAUCAGUUUAUUCAAAUUUACUUAAUAUAUUAAACCCUUUUGAAAUACAAAAUAAAAUGAAAUGAAAGUAGCUUCAGCCAUAACUUUUGGCAGUUGUGGCCUGUUUAAAAAAUUAGUUUCCUUGCCUGUUAAUAAAGUUAACUGUUCUGCUGGUCUGUCACCAAUUGAUCCAUGCAGUAAAGGCAUGCUUUUUGUGUAAAAAACAGGGCUGUUCUAAGUUGCUACCCUGCGUUUUGUUCUUAAUGCCAUCACCAGGCAACUGGUAGAACUGAACUCUAUGGGUGCUAUCAUAUUCUAAAAAUGUGCCUUUUAGAUUUUAAAUGUAAAAUUAAAAGAUACCUGUUGAAGAGUUGUGAAGUGUAAAGGAUAAAUUGAGUGUAAAAAUGUGUGUUUAAACUGGUUCACUAGUUGCAUAGAUUGAAGAUAUCAAAAAAUUGAUUGAUUUCCAAGUAAAAUGAUAUUACUACCCUUCCAACUUAUUUUCUUCCAUUCACUGAAAUGCCAUGCAAUAUUUUUCUGUUCUCAAUUGACACCAUCCCAAGAAACAUUGUGUGUGGCCAAUUUCUUUCUUUAUCCAAUUAUAGUUUGUGCCAUUGAAUAAAAACAUCAUUUAGAAGAAUCUGUUUUUGAGAGAGUUAGAAUUUCCUAGAGCACUGGUGGUUAAGAGUUUAUUUGCAAAACAAAAGGUUGGCAUAGCUUUCUAUACUCACAUUUAUUUUUGUUUUCAGAUGUUUAUAGAUAAAAUAUCAUGCUGUCCCAUGUGUGCUCCUUCAUAAGAAAUUUAAAAAUCACUGUAACAUUUCAGAAAGUUGUUGCAAAAUUGUUUGAUAUUUAUUUGGAACCCAUCUGUGUUGCUCUUACUCACCUGGUCAACUUUUUUGUUUUGAUUAAAUGUUUUUUAUCUAGUUGCUUUAAAGUAAAAAAAAAUCAGCUGAUAUUGUGUCAUGUUUAUCCUUGAACAUCGUGGAAAUGUUUGAACAUGCAUCAGUUUUUUAUCUUGUCAUUGCAACUUCAGUAGUAAGAGAAUAGCUAAAAUUUUCAUUAAUCACUGCUGAUCCUGGUCUGCGCAAAAACAUAUUGUAAGGAAAAUACCUCUUUUACUGGUUUAUCAUAUAUUUUUACUUGCUGAUGCUGUAAAGGGGGUGCUGCACACACUUUGGACCUCCUGUAAGCAAAAAGUUCAAGUGAUCCUCUGGACAUGAAACCAUCAAGAAAGUUAGGAUUUAGCCCCAUCCCAUUUGCUCUAUGCAAUUUGCUACAAAAUAUUGAUUGUGACACUGGCAGGUUGUUAAGGGUAUUUUUGGGAAUUUCUACUGGUAUGGAUUUAAUGUAAAGGUGCAUUUUUCUCACUUUGACUCAAAUUAGGGCAAAAAUGAGAAUUAAAUUCGGGCAAGUGUGCAGCAUUGACUACAACAGGUGACACUGCAAAUGGGCAAUUAACAAAUAAAUAGUUUUUCAAACAAUCUUCAAAAAAGGGGUUCACAAAUGGGGAAUCGUGGGCCAACAAGUAGGGAAAUCAGGUCCAUAGCCAAGGGGUGGCAUAGGCUGGCAAUGCCACCCCUGGACCAAAAUACCAGCUGUUUGCCACCUCAGGAAUUUUGUCUUCAAAUUAUUUCAAUUGGGUUUUCGUCGUUGGUAUUGGAUUGCCAUGACAAUUUGGGCUGAGCAAAUACUGGAGGAAGGGAAAUGGUUUGUUGGGAUCUCUUAUUACCGACGUAGGUCUUAGAUUGUGCUUAGCGCUAAAAAACUUUCACUGCUAGGCAGAAAUUUGGCGCUACUUGUGCGCUUCUCAGAAUAAUUGCUGAAACAUCUGCCUGCAAUUCGUUGUUCAGGGCUUCUCAAAAUCACAAAAUAUGUGAGUAAUGAGUAAAGGUUUUUGGGACAAUAAACUGUUGUAUAUAGACAUGCACUGGCUUAAUCAGUAGUUGUCAAAGAAGGAGUGUUAUGUUCUGGUAUGUUGGAAAACACGCGUUUCUUGAUUAAACCUGUGGAAUGAUAGAAUAUUACUAAGCAAGCACUAAAAAUUACCUUAAAAUCAAGAUCAUUAAAGAAAUUUAAGAAACGAAGACCGUAGCUUGGAUAAAGAAUUGCCUCAUUAGCUAGAAGAGGAUGAGAACAAUUGGAUGUUCAUUUUUGUAAAUUGACAUUCUAAAGCCAAUAAACAUAGUAAUGACGCAGCUUAAAUCUUCUAGUCUAAAUCUUUCACAGCGCUGUUUGUAGCUUAAGCAGUGAGAGAGGACCAUAAGGAACGAUGUGCAAAUUUGAUUGCGGCUCAAUGCGCGAAAAUGGUUGCUGAUUUCUGAAAAAUCAAUCAAAUACACUGAGGUCAGCAACAUUCAGCGAAGAAGGGUCUUUUGCCCAAGCAAUUUGAUGAUUUUGUCAGUACCGAGCACUCUUCUUCAGUCAGCGAAGUUAUUUGCACUCCCCUUAGCGAAGUUCUUUGCGGACAGAGAAAGAGUGCACCCCCUCAUGUUUGGUCUUUGAAAAUAAGAUCUUGAUGGAAGGCACAACAAUUGAACGUUUUCUAGCUGAAUAGAAUUAAGAAGGAGGAAAUUUUUCAAAUGCUGAAGAUAUUUUGCAACAUUUUUCGCUUCUUUUCUUUCAUCAACUUCAACCUCCCCCAACCCUACAGCAACUUCAUUUUAUACUUCGCCCAAUUCGACAUGGGCAAGGCCGCCGGACAGGUGCAAUAUACUCAACAAAUGCCAAAGCUAUCUACGUCAAAGCGAAUUCCAGUCCUUAUCUCUUACAUUGAUGCCUACACUUUAUUCGAAUAAUGAUUUUAAUUUCUUAUUUUUUGAGCAAUUUAUUCCCCUUCCAUCCCUACGCCAGUUGAAACACAUAAAUCUUUCCCCUCCAUGAAAUAUUCUUUGAAAGAUACAAAAGUUCAAGUCAUCUUCACGCCAUUGGCCGAAGGUGUGGGCACGUUCUUCACAGCCAUAGUAAAAUAAAUUUGCAAUGCUGAUUAGGUUUAUCUCAACAGUCUUUUCUUUGUGUAUCGAAAGAAUCAUGCAGUGGUUAAGUCGUCUUUGGGACAUUUUUAUCUCCCCUUAGACUUUGUUGCCAAAGACAUACUGAGGACAUUUUUCUUGCCCAAGUCUCCUCUGCAUUCUCCUGACCAUCACAGGGGCUUGCGCCUUUUGCAUAAUGACCAUCUGCAUCAUGAAAUAUAUUUGCAUCAAGAACUUAAGAAAAUUUCAGUAAAUAGUUCUCCAACAAUGCCUAGAUUUAGAUUUAGAUAAGGCAGAAUAUCUGGCAGUGAAAAAAUACAUUUAUAUAUUUUUCAAAAAGGGGAGCUUUUUUCACUUUUUGCAAUCAAGGGGGGGGGGCCGGUGUCCCCGUGGCCCCCUGGGCCCCGGCGGCCCUGCAUGGAGAGUUUGCCGCCCCUACUUCACAGGCCUUGCUACGGGCUUGAGGGAAAUGUUAGGCUCUGGUGAGGAAUUUCAUAGCACAAUAGCACUUGCUGCUUAGUUUGCACUUUUUCGGUGAAACGAUUCAAAAUUUAGUCGCCUGCAGCUGAAAUAACUGCAAGGGGUGUAUGAUGGAAUUCCUUUGUGGUAGAGAGCUUUAUUUUGACCAGGUGUUUUGUUACGGGCUAAUUGGUUUCAGUUUAAUACACAGACAAGCGCACUUUUUCUAGGUACCCAAAGACCUCUCUAUGUGAAGUACUAGUUAUUUAUAAAUGAAUUCAUGCGCCUCUCUUGGUAACAGCGAAUUCUUGUUGCAAAGGUACCAGUUGGCAGGCAGUCAUUCGGAGCAAGCUGAAUUAAAAUUUAAUAUCAUGCAAACAGUGCUAGUUGAGUCACAAGGUCAUUGAAUAGUUUGCUGGUGGUGAGAUAGUCGUAAUGCUGAACAAUUUACUACUAGAAUUUGCUUGAUUCCACUACAAAUCAAACAAUGACAAUUCAAAUGGAUUUAAUAUCACAUGGAAUCUUUAAUCUUGCUUUUAUCAGAUUAUCGAAACUGUUAUUGUGAAGUUCGCGCAGUUUUUGGUUUUCUAAUGUUGUGAAGAUAACAGGGAAGCAAAGAUGCCUGAUUCUCCUGCUUCCAAUUCUACACCACUUUCGAUGCCCAGUGCCUCAGUUGCAUCAAUUGCAUCAUCUCCUGUUAAUACCCAUCCACCAAACAGUGGCCCUGUUGUUCACGAUGGUAGACCUGUAACAUCAAUAAACCCAACUAUAGUAAAUGGCCACCCAUCAAGUCCAGGAAGGUCACUGUCUCCAAGCUUGGCUAAUGGAAGUCAGCUACCCCCAACAUGUGGAGCCAGACAACUGAGUAAAUUGAAAAGAUUUUUAACCACUCUCCAACAGUUUGGCUCUGACAUUUCACCAGAGAUUGGAGAAAGAGUCAGGAGUCUUAUUGUCAGUCUUGUGAAUAAUGCAAUGACAGUGGAGGAAUUCCAUCAGCAAUUGCAAGAUGCUACAAACUUUCCACUGAGACCUUUUGUAAUACCGUUUUUGAAGGCAAAUCUACCCUUACUGCAACAAGAGUUGAUUCAGUGCUCUCAGAUGGCAAAGCAGUCCCCUCAUCAAUACAUGAACCAGCAUGAACCACUUUUACAUGACAGAGAGAGACUUCAUUUGGACCCAGAAGAGUUUGUUGGUGAAAGGGUUGGAGACAAGAGAAAGGUUGAACAUGAAAGACCCAAAGAAAAUGGAAUACCUGAUAUUGGUCUAUCGCCAAACAAGAGAAGUUGCCCAGCCCCGUCAGAUAUGGAUGGUUCCGUUUUUGCUGAAAGAUUGCUCGAGAGCAUCAAACAAGAUUCUGAUGAUUGGCGAAACGUUGAAACGAUGCUGCAGUGUGUAAUGAGCAUCAUAGAAAAAGCAAAGCGGGCUGUCUCAGUUUUGCAAGAGAGGUGCAUCCGCGAUAGAGAGGAAAUGGCCACCUGGGCAAGGAGAAUGACUGACGAAGCCGAAGCUGAAGUGAAAAGAAGGGCAGCUGACUUAAUGGCAAAAACGUUGAAACAAACAGAAGACAGAGUUGCUGAGGUAAGGCGAAGAGCCGAGGAAGCAGUGAGUGAUGUCAAACGUCAGGCGGUUAUUGAGUUGCAAAAGGCUGUCUGUGCUGCGGAGGAAAAAGCGAACGAUGCCUUGGCACAAGCUCACCAAAGAAUGGAUAAGGCAGUGUCUGAAGCAAGGAGACAAGCAACUGACGAGACACUUAGCAUGGUAAAUAAGCAAGACAAUUCGCGUGAGAACUGCUGGAACUGCGGUCGCAAAGCCAACGAGACGUGCAGUGGCUGCAAUGUAGCGAGGUACUGUGGAGCUUUUUGUCAGCAUAAAGACUGGGAAAAUCAUCAGAGGGAUUGUGGCAAACAGGGUAGCUCAUCCGAAAGGAAGUCACCAAAGUCUGGAGAACGAGCAUCACCCGAUAAGCGAUCGAGUCCCACUGGCAGAGGAAGCACUACACCCGUAUCGCCUGCAAACAGUGGCAAUACUGACCCUAUCACAUCUCUUAGUGAUUAUGUGAGAAAGACCCCCACUUCCUAAUCCUUGAACCUUAAACAUGUAAAAAGUAACGACAUGGGAGCCGCCCAUUACUGUUUCAGUUACUACUUCUGCCACAACGUACUCCAUAACUGGUGUGGCAUUUUAUCUGUUUAUUGCGGGAGGUUUACGUGUAAAUUUUCUGCACAAAGGUAAAACUCUUAAUUGUUCAGUUUCUAUCGGAUUUGUAGGGUGCAUCGAUGCUAGGCCGUUAGAUCUUCAAUGACUCAAAUGCUUCGUUUAUAUGAAGUGUAGCAUGAUGUCAACAAUUGUCUUAUUCCGUUAUCAAAAUGCUGCAAAAAUAUACUGCAGCUAUAGACAAUAACUGGUUUUAAUAAACAUUUAAAAGCGAAAUUGGCAUGUUCUUUGUGUAUUUAGACAGCAAUCUUAUUUGUAUGAAAAUCUUACGUUUUGCAGGUUGUGCAGGUUGAUAUCUUGAUGGAAACCGACAUUAUUUACGUUGAAUUUAAUCUUUAUCUUUAGAUUUUUUGUCAAUAUCAGAAAGGUAAAUUGCUUUUAACAAAAAGCAGGAGCUUUGUAGAAUGUAAUUAGGUUAUCCAACUUCUAUAAGCAGCUAGAGAUUCUCUUUGCUCUCUGCUCGGUCGGCAAGUGUUUUACUGACCUACACCAAACAAAUAACUGUAGCUAUCAUUAGCCUAUUAUACAAAAAAAAUUGUUUUUUGUUGGAAACAUUAGACUUUCGAGCAAGACUAAAGCUGUCCUACUUUGGGAAUUUCUCUAUUGUCAGUGUCCUUGAGAAAGUAAGAAGUGAUCUCCAGAUUCAACUGUAGAAGCCAAAAGAUUGAUCGCACAAGCGACUUAGGAAGAAUACUGGUGAAGUCGUACAGUCUUAUUCUGUGAACGUUCUUAUUCUGCAUAUGCAAUGGCUACUUUCCGAUUUAUUUGGAUGCAGGUUUUCACGUUGAUUUAUGUAUGUACCAUUUCAAACGAGAACACCACCAGUUCUAAAUUGUCAAUGCCUCUCGCAAGUGGCCUUGUAGAAUCGUGUCGUAAGCGACAAUGCCCGUGGAGGUCUGUUCCUUUUUACAAGCAACCUGGUGUAAUUUUCCAUUCGAUAUUCGCUACGUUUUUAUACAGUCUUGAUUGCUAACUCAAAGUUGGGGUAUUGUUUGUUUUAAGCUAUACUAACGAUAUCAUGACGUAAUCGGGUGUUUCUUUUGAGUACUAGCGUAGACUAGCGCUUUCAUUUAUGUAAAUAGAUUAUAUUUUUAUAACAAGGACUGAAACAAAGCAACACUACGCUGUAUAACAAGGACUGUAAAGUAAUGUCUUCUGUAGAGGUAAUGACGAUCAAAUAAUGUCGAUGUUGUUGUUAUCGAA